UUCUUUUUCUAUUCGCGCGCAACACGUGCAGAAGUCUUUAAUUUUUCUCUCACUACCAGACAACCGCAUCAAAAUGGCUGACGUUGAGGUGCGCAAGGAGAAGAAAAAGAAGAAGAUCAAGGAGGAGCCCUUGGACGGCGAUGACAUUGGCACGCUGCAGAAGGAGGGAAACUUCCACAUCAAGCCCUCAUCCAAGAUCGCAGAGCUGGACACCUCACAGUGGCCGCUGCUGCUGAAGAACUUCGAUAAGCUGAACAUCCGCUCCAACCACUACACGCCACUGGCCCAUGGCUCCUCGCCGCUGAACCGCGAUAUCCGAGAGUACAUGAAGACGGGCUUCAUCAACCUGGACAAACCCUCGAACCCGAGCUCGCACGAGGUGGUGGCCUGGAUCAAGAAGAUCCUGAAGGUGGAGAAGACUGGCCACUCGGGCACCCUCGAUCCCAAAGUCACAGGUUGCCUGAUUGUUUGCAUCGACCGAGCCACUCGGCUGGUUAAGUCGCAGCAGAGUGCCGGCAAGGAGUACGUUGCCAUAUUCAAGCUUCACGGCGCCGUCGAAUCUGUGGCCAAGGUACGCCAGGGUCUGGAGAAACUGCGCGGCGCUCUCUUCCAGCGUCCGCCCCUUAUCUCUGCUGUGAAGCGUCAGUUGCGAGUACGUACGGUUUAUGACAGCAAGCUGUUGGACUAUGAUGAGAGCCGCAAUAUGGGUGUUUUUUGGGUUAGUUGCGAGGCCGGCUCCUACAUCCGUACCAUGUGCGUCCAUCUGGGCCUGGUCUUGGGCGUCGGUGGCCAAAUGUUGGAACUCCGUCGCGUCCGCUCGGGUAUUCAGUCUGAGCGCGAUGGCAUGGUGACCAUGCACGACGUUCUGGACGCCAUGUGGCUGUAUGAGAACCACAAGGACGAGUCAAUGCUGCGACGCGUGAUCAAGCCGUUGGAGGGUCUGCUGGUCAACCACAAACGAAUCAUCAUGAAGGACAGUUCGGUUAAUGCCGUAUGUUAUGGUGCUAAGAUUAUGUUGCCCGGCGUUCUGCGUUAUGAGGAUGGCAUUGAGAUUGAUCAGGAGAUUGUCAUUUGCACCACCAAGGGCGAGGCUAUUUGCCUGGCCAUUGCCCUGAUGACUACGGCCACCAUGUCGUCGUGCGACCAUGGUGUGGUAGCCAAGAUAAAGCGUGUGAUUAUGGAGCGCGACACAUACCCUCGCAAGUGGGGCUUGGGACCGAAGGCGUCAGCCAAGAAAGCGCUGAUUGCCGCCGGCAAGCUGGACAAGUUCGGCAGGCCAAACGAGAACACGCCCAAGGAGUGGCUGACUGGGUUCGUGGAUUACAGUGCCAAGAAGACGGCCGCGGCUCCUGAGCCAGCUCCUACAAAUGGCUCCAGUGAACCCUCCAAGCGCAAGCUGAGCACCUCAAGUGUUGAGGAAUCGGCGGCGCCCGUAGCGUCUGAAGAGACACCGGCCAAGGACAAAAAGAAGAAGAAAAAGAAGCACAAGGGCGAGGAUGAGGCCCCAGCUGCUGAGGAGGAUGCGGAGCCAGUAGAAAAGGAGAAGAAAAAGAAGAAGAAGAAGGAUAAGGAUAGGGACAGAGAAGCUCAGGAAUAACAAGUUUCUAUAGGAUUAGGUUUUAAAAGUAGAAAACUCUACGGUUUUUUGUAGAGGAGACGGCUACAAAUUUGCAUAGUUUCUAAGUUUAAGGAGUGUUUUUAUGUGUAGAAAUACAAAACUAGAUUUCAGAUGCAUUUAAGUGACAUUCGCAAUGCAAUAAACUAUAUUUUAUUGUACAAAA